GAAUUUUUGCCUCAACCAUCAAACGUAAUUUAUAGGAAAUUCCAGAGAAGGAAAGUCUGUUGCAUUAACUUAUUUUUAAUAAAUUAUCAUGUUCUUUCCUCCUUCAUAAUGUUUCAAGUUGUCUUCUUUUAUCGUUUUCUUUCUGUUUAGAGAACUUACUUUAGCCAUUCUUUUAGGGUAGAUCUGCUGGAAGCACAUGUGUAGUUUUUCUUCAUGUGAGAAUGUUUUCAUUUUCUCUUCAUUCCUGAAGGAUAUUUUUACUGGGCAUCGAAUUCUGUAUCAACAGUUCUUUGCUUUCAGCACUGGAAAACUAUGCCACCCCCUGCUCGCCUCCAGAGUUUCUGAUGAGAAAUCUUCUGUCAUUCAAAUUUUUUCCCUAAAGCAUGUUCUUCGCUGCUCAUUUAAGCAUGUUUAUUGUGGCUGCUUUGAAACCUUUGUCAGGUAAGUUUAACAACUUCGUCAUCUAGGUAUUGGCAUCUGUCAGUCAUCUUUUUUUACAAUUCAGUUUGAAGGCUUCCUUGUUCUUGGCAUAACAAGUGAUUUAAAAAAAUUUUGGACAUUUUGGUAUUCUUAUAAGAUUCUGGAUAUUGUUUAAGUCUUCUGCUUUGGCUGCCUUCUUCUGACAUUGCCUUUGCAGGGGAAAAGAGUGUGGAUGCUACCUUGUUAUUGCCAGGCGUUGGUGGAAGUCUGGGCUCCCCACAUGGCUUCCAUUGGCACCAAGUGGGUCAGGCACUUGUCACCUCCUGGUGGGGAUAAAGUCCUAGCUCCUUUCUCGGACUUCCCUGAUUCCACCUAACUGCUGGGGGAGGCGGCAGUUGGGGCAGUCGGGUCUAGGCCUCCCACUCAGCUUUUGCUGAGGUGGAUGUGGGUGAGGCCAUAAUUUUUCUAUAGUGUUGAGAUAGGAUAGAGUGAUUAUUCUCUAUAAGUUUCCUGUCUUGCUAGGCUGCCCCUUUCCUGAUGAUUUGGCUAGAGAGAUCAGGCUUUUGUUAGGUCUUUAAAAAUCUGAGCCUUUCCAGAUUCCUGCCUUCUUCUGCCCCAAGUCUGGAAUAUAGGAGACAAAUAGAAAACCUAGAGAACUCACCAUCAUGCCUUUCACUGGAUCCUGAGGUCCCUGUUGGUGUGCCUUCUUCUCUACCUUUCAGAGUCUUCUUCCAUCUGUGAAGAAGGGAAGAGCAUGUCUAUUUCAUCUUUCUGGAUGUGGAAUAUCCACAUGUGGAAUACUGACUUCACAAUAUUUAUUUGAUUGCCCCUGGGACUGAUGGGAAGCUGCUUUCCUCUCUCACUCUCUCUCUCUCUCUCUUUUCCUUGAAAUCACCAGAAACUCUUGCCCUAAUGUCUGGGCAAAGACUAAUGGCAAGACAGCCCCUCUGUGGGAAGUGGGACUGACUUGGUAAUCGAGUUCAUCUGGCAUCGAGUUUCCAAUGGUGAGGGCAAUAGAAGGAUGUGAAAUACAAGGACUCACUGUAUGAAAGCCCACUUGGAGGAGUUUUAACAACAGGUGCUAGGGAUACUGUUCUUAGGGAGAAGGAUUUCAAAGGGCACCUAAUAGUUUUUUAGCCCAGUCCAUGACUGCCUGAGAGUCCUUUGCCACUGGAGUUCUGGGAAGUGAGUAGAGAGGACCAAAGGGAGGAUAGGACCUGGGUCUGGUCCUCAGGAAAAUUUCCGGCCAUCAGGAAAUAUUGACAUACCUCCUGAACACAGGUAGAGACAUCAAAUUAGAAGAGACAAUUGAUAUAAUAGAUGCUGUUGUUUGGACAACAGGCAACAUAUGGGAGGCUGGCAAGAGAGGAGUGGUUGGAUUAGGACAAGUGAACAGACAAGGUUUUCAGGGGUGCCUCUGUGGUAGAUUCACAAGACGAGAAGACCAGGGAGGGAAGGGAAGGGAAAAUCUUAAGGAGAGGGGCUGUUUGCUCGUAAGUCCUCCCAUGCCACAUUGCAGAGUUGGCAUUCACAGCAUGAAUGCCAUUGGGGGUCAUCUCAAGGCCUGUGACAUGCAGCAGUUCAUAGUUUUGGUGAGACAUGGGUCUGAAUCACCUCCACCCCAAUGCUGGUGUGCCAAAAUGAGCCAAUUAGGGAGUGAUUCUGGCCAGAAUACUCAGCAUCCUCAUCACAAUGCAUCACAGUGCAGUUUUGUUGAUCUUCUUUGUGCCUUACAAAGAAACUUACAAAGGAAUAGAAACUUUGGGCUAGGGGUGGUGGCUCACGCCUGUAAUCCCAGCACUUUGGGAGGCUGAGGUGGGCAGAUCACCUGAGGUCAGGAGUUUGAGACCAGCCUGACCAACAUGGAGAAACUCUGUCCCUACUAAAAAUACAAAAUUAACCAGGUGUGGUGGUGCAUGCCAGUAAUCCCAGCUACUCGGGAGGCGGAGGCAGGAGAAUUGCUUGAACCUGGCAGGUGGAGGUUGCCGUGAGCCGAGAUCAUGCCACUGCACUCCAGCCUGGGCAACGAGUGAAACUAGGUCUCAAAAACAAAAAAACUUUGUGUUAGCUAAAAAAGAUUAAAGGAUUGCCAAGUGGCAGUACCUUUAGUGAAACUGAAGACAUCUAAGAAAAUGAUUAUUCUUAACUAGAAGACAACUGUUUUGUAUAAAAAAGAGGGGAGGCUGAAUUCGGCAACUGGUUAGUACAACAGUUUUAGGGGCACACCAUGACCUCUGUACAGAAAUAGAAAAGAGGGAUGGGCCAACCGUUCAUUCAGGUAUUCUGGCCAGUGAAAUACUUGUGUUUUUAUGGAGGAAAUGAUAUACUAUGAAUACAUUUGGGAAUUGGGAAUUCUUGGGUCACGUGUUUUGGCAAUGUCAAGGAUCCAUGAAAUCCCGGUGUCUGCCUUACCAUCUCCAGAUUUGGGAGCUAGGUUUGGUCUUCUUAAUUCAGGACCCAAGAGCCUAGCACAGUGCCUGGGAGAGUCAGCCCUCAACAGAAGUCUGCUAAAUGAACGGAUAAAUGAGUGAAUAAGUUGACAGCUGGCUGGCUGCUGGCUAGAUGGAUGGAUCAAUGAAUAAGGCUUGCAUAGCUCUGAAUGUGGAGUCAGAAGACCAGCCAAGGGAGUCCUCAAGGCUGGGGCCUGUGCUUUUUCAGGGCAUUUUCAAUUCUCUGGCAUUCACACAAAGAAAGGACUCACUAACUGUUUGCUAAAAAGGAACGACAUCCUCAAUUAUCUGAGCCUUGGUUUCCCCGUUUGUGUGAUGUGGAUCAUCACUACUCCCCUCCAGGCAGACGAAGUAGGUGAAAUGAGCAUCUUGGGUGAGGGGCUCUUUUACACUGGAAAGUGCUGCACCAGUGUCAGCCAUCGUGAAUGGUGGCAAUGACCAUUAUUUCAAGGUCAAGAGUUGGGGUAGUGGGAUGGUAAGGGGACAAAGAAGUCAGUGUAUGCAAAGGAAGGUGAGCAGGGCAGCCUGGCUGUCUCAGAGGAGCAGGAGAGCUGCCUGGGAGGGCACAGCAGAGGCGUGGCAGCCAGAGACAGGGCUUGGGUUCCCAGUGUGCUCCUCUCCUAAGGAUCCUGGGAAGCCAGGCAGCAGGAGUCUCUUCCUAACCACAUAAAAGCAGCUCAGCCAGGGUCCCUGAAGCAGCCCAUCUGAUGCUGGCAGGGCUGUGAGAUUUCUCACAGAUGGCACUGUCAAUUAAAGUCUCCCCUCUGUACCCCUACAAUCCCAGCCCCACCACUCCCUGGGCAACAGCAGUUGAGACCGUGACAAACCUCCCACCCAGGAUCUUUCUAUGGAUAAUGUGGCCAGGCUAAUUACCCAUGUUCAUUAGAUAAAGCGCAAAUUACAUGAGCAAGACUUACAAGACUAGCACUUUGGGAGUUUUCAAGUUAUUUAUCUGGUGUCUGAUUUUGCUAGGAGAAAAUGAUUUCUUGCUCCCAGGCAAACUGAACCCACAAUUUAGGCCAGUGGCUCCCUCCUGAGUCUUAUAAAGUGGGAGCCCAGGAUCACAGGCUGGUGAACUGCAUCUCAGCUGAGGGUUGGCAUCUUAUCCCCACAUUCUGCUUCCCCACCAUGAGCCGCCAAUUCACCUACAAGUCGGGAGCUGUUGCCAAGGGGGGCUUCAGUGGCUGCUCAGCUGUGCUCUCAGGGGGCAGCUCGUCCUCCUACCGGGCAGCGGGCAAAGGGCUCAGUGGGGGCUUCAGCAGUCGGAGCCUCUACAGCCUGGGGGGUCCCCGGAGCAUCUCUUUCAAUGUGGCCAGUGGCAGUGGGUGGGCAGGAGGCUAUGGAUUUGGCCGAGGCCGGGCCAGUGGCUUUGCUGGCAGCAUGUUUGGCAAUGUGGCCCUAGGGUCCAUGUGUCCAUCAGUGUGCCCGCCUGGGGGUAUCCAUCAGGUCACCAUCAACAAGAGCCUCCUGGCUCCCCUCAACGUGGAAUUGGACCCUGAAAUCCAGAAAGUGCGCGCCCAGGAGCGGGAGCAGAUCAAGGUGCUGAACAACAAGUUCGCCUCCUUCAUUGACAAGGUGCGGUUCCUGGAGCAACAGAACCAGGUGCUGGAGACCAAGUGGGAGCUGCUGCAGCAGCUGGAUCUGAACAACUGCAAGAACAACUUGGAGCCCAUCCUCGAGGGCUACAUCAGCAACCUGCGGAAGCAGCUGGAGACGCUGUCCGGGGACAGGGUGAGGCUGGACUCGGAGCUGAGGAGCGUGCGUGAAGUGGUGGAGGACUACAAGAAGAGGUAUGAAGAAGAAAUAAACAAGCGCACAACUGCUGAGAAUGAAUUUGUGGUGCUAAAAAAGGACGUGGAUGCGGCAUACAUGAGCAAAGUGGAGCUCCAGGCCAAGGUGGAUGCCCUGGAUGGAGAAAUCAAGUUUUUCAAGUGCCUGUACGAGGGGGAGAUCGCUCAGAUCCAGUCCCACAUCAGCGACACGUCCAUCAUCCUGUCCAUGGACAACAACAGGAACCUGGACCUGGACAGCAUCAUUGCUGAGGUCCGCGCCCAGUACGAGGAGAUCGCCCGAAAGAGCAAGGCCGAGGCCGAGGCCCUGUACCAGACCAAGUUUCAGGAGCUGCAGCUGGCAGCUGGCCAGCACGGGGAUGACCUGAAACACACCAAAAAUGAGAUCUCAGAGCUGACCCGUCUCAUGCAGAGGUUGCGCUCGGAGAUUGAGAGUGUGAAGAAGCAGUGCGCCAACCUGGAGACGGCCAUCGCCGACGCCGAGCAGCGGGGGGACUGUGCCCUCAAAGAUGCCAGGGCCAAGCUGGAUGAGCUGGAGGGCGCCCUGCAGCAGGCCAAGGAAGAGCUGGCACGGAUGCUGCGUGAGUACCAGGAGCUUUUGAGCGUGAAGCUGGCCCUGGACAUCGAAAUCGCCACCUACCGCAAGCUGCUGGAGGGCGAGGAGUGCAGGAUGUCUGGAGAAUACACCAACUCUGUGAGCAUUUCGGUCAUCAACAGCUCCAUGGCUGGGGCGGCAGGCACAGGGGCUGGCUUUGGAUUCAGCAAUGCUGGCGCCUAUGGCUACUGGCCCAGCUCUGUCAGCGGAGGCUACAGCAUGCUCCCUGGGGGCUGUGUCACUGGCAGUGGGAACUGCAGCCCCCGUGGGGAAGCCAGGACCAGGCUGGGGAGUGCAAGUGAAUUCAAGGACUCCCAGGGAAAGACCUUAGCUCUCAGCUCACCCACCAAGAAAACCAUGAGAUAAAAGUGAAGGCCCAUUUCCCAGUAGUCUGCCUUACUCCGGCAGACUACUCCAGACUCCUCUAGGAAAUUCCUCUGUCUCGUUUGUCCUCAUCUCCUUCUUGCUUUGCUUCGCCAUGGACCUCUCUCGCUUCUCCUUGACCUCUCUGCCUCAGUCUUUGUUAAUGCUGAAUCAGGAUUCGAGAGCUGGAGCCUAUCUUUCUGCCUCCAUCCAAAGAGACCUCUUCACUCAGCCUCCCCUUCUGGAGGAAGACUUGGCCCUUUCUCUGCCUGCAUGUCCCUGUGCAGAGGAAGGCUGUCUCUCAAGGAUAAAACCCCAGUCUUCCUGUGCUGCUCUUUCAUACCCUGUCUCAGUAACUAUUUGGCCAUUUGCUCCCUGGGUACACAAGGUUUCAGAUCUACUGAGAGACUUGCAAGAACUGUCUCAUGUUAGAGCAGCACCGGCUCAGGCAAAACACCUGGGGGGAGGUUGUAUCUUGCAUAGCCACUGCAUAUUACAUAGCUGGGAGUAUCCCUUGAGGCCAAUCCUAUCAAUCAACGGAUUUGUGCUCUUCAUCUGUGAGUACUUGUCCUUGUUUAGGCCUCACCUCCCUGCUCCCACGUCUUACCAAUAAACUUAUAAAACCCA